AUGAGCAGAGACAUCUUUACGGAUUUUGUUGGUAGCCCGCCCAGUAGGGUCAGUUAUGGUUUCGUUGAAGGCUUCCCUAGCAGGGCCCAAAAUGAAGGUUCAACACGCCUGGUCCCAAGGGAUCCAGAUAUGCAGAGGCUAGUGGACGCAAUGAAUGCAGAGAGGGACGCCGAAAGAGCCCGCAAGGAAGUCGAAAUGAACACGCCCGAAAACCGCCAAAAAGCCGCCGAAGCGGAGAUGGCUGAGAGGGAGCGCAAAAGGAUUAAUUUUCAUUUUGGUCGGGCUAUGCCUAUGUUUAUCAACGAAGGCUGGAAGCAUAUUGGGGGAGAUUUGGCUGACGAAGAAAUACGAGUCUACACAACUGACUACGAGCGACGCAGAUUUUGGGGUAUCAAACCAGCUGGCAUGUGGAUGUAUGACUUUUGGGAACAAAAUGACCCAGAGGUUAGCAGAUAUGAUGACUUCAUUGCAAUAACCUGGGCAAAUCCUCUCAUACCGCCGCCUGUCACAACAUACGAUGAGAACAAUUCAGACGUCUGGGCCGGACCAGGGCCAAAUCCUGAAUUAACACCCCCAGAGCCACCUGUUGCAAAAGCUCUACCGCCUGCCGAAGCUGCUACCAAGCCGAGAAGACGUCAGCAGACACCAGACGUUAAUCCUAGUCGCAGAGUCAAAAAAUCGACUACGGUACCGCCCAAAGUCAAUAAGAGUACUCGAAAGUCUUUGGCUGACAAGGUUCAUGCUCGGCAACCGGGAUUUGGAGAUCAGGUGCGAGAAGUGGGAGUGACAGCUCGCGCAAGCGGCAGGCCAACUCGAAACGAGGCAGCUGUAACUGCAUCAGGCGCUCAACAGGAGACAGCUAGGGAAGACCGUCACUCAGCGCACUCCAGGCGUCCGAGAGGCCGCCCGGCCGCCAAAGCAAACCCAGCCGCGAAAGAUGAGACUUCUUUAGCCUCUAAGCGUCCCCGAGGCCGCCCGGCCGCCAAUACGAAGCCGGCCACAAAGGAUGAAGACGAGUUGCCCUCCAAGCGUCCGAGAGGCCGCCCACCCGCCAAGGCAAAGCCGGCCAAGAAAUCGCCAGAGCAAAAGAAGACUCCCGCUGUCAAAGGAAACGCAAGGGUCACAAAAGCCUCGCAAAGAGAACGGCGCCCCUCAGCUCGUUCUACUCAUAAGAUGCGCACUAGGGGAGAAGGUCCUGCCGAGCUUCUACAACUCGCGUAG